CGAGACAAAAGACCGGGAGAAGCCAGUUCCUGGUGGCUGUUGGGCAGCUCGGGCAGCUUUCUGCCUAACCCGCCAUGGUCCUCCUCCUAACCUGGCUUUCCCGGUGUUGUGGCCGCCUCCUUCUCCUGCCUUCCUGGCCCCUGGCCCCUGAGGGAUCCCAAAGAUGCUGCUGUUCCCAGAGCCCUGAGGCAAACACAAAAGAGCAGACCAGCUCCAGAGACAGUGGGAAGAUGAGGUCCCCCACCACGGGUCCCAGGCACACAGCUGAGCUGGCCCAGGCCGAGGAGCUGCUGGAACAGCAGUUGGAGCUAUACCAGGCCCUGCUGGAAGGGCAAGAGGGGGCCUGGGAAGCACAGGCCCUGGUGCUCAAGAUCCAGAAGCUGAAGGAGCAGAUGAGGAGACACCGAGAGAGCCUGGGAAGAGAAACCUAAGCUUCCCACCAGUUCCCACUUCACCCUCCUGCACUAGAACACUGCACACUACUUGCGACUCUGAGUCCUUCCGCUGGAAAUGUACCAGCCUUACUCAAGCUACUACGAAAAACGGAAGACACCUCCAGAGGGCCAGAAGUUGGAAAGCGGUGGGGGAAUCAUGACCUCUGCAGUCUUUUUAGUAACAUGCCCCACGAUGCUUCUUCCCACUGACAACCUCAGCUCCACAUAAAUAACCUAAAACCACCUCACCCCAAAUCCAAUAAAGGGAAGGAGUGCUUACAGACACAAU